CCGGCUGGGCACAGCCCCCGCCCGCCGAAGCGGCCGCCGAGCCCAAGGUCCCCGACUGUCCGCUGCCAGGAAGCUGCCCCGGGAGCCGGGGGCCCAGCCCAGGCCAGUCGGAGGUGGGAGGUUAAUCAGUGACAGAGCUCAGACGUCGGAGCCCCGGCCGGCCGGGCCUUGGGAGACGAGACCAUGGAGCCUUGGGGGAAGCUGGUGCUCCUGCUGUGCUGCCUGGGAGCCCCCGCCCAGCUCUGCCAGCUCCCCCCUGCAAACAGCGACCUGGUGGAGACCGUUACCCAGCAGCUCCUGGGAUGGAUGGCCCGGCGAGCCCCCUCAGAGCUGAACCCCAGCAUCUACGUGGGGCUCCGGCUGUCCGACCAACCCGGCCGGGACCAGGACGAGCUCUACCUAAGCAGCCUCACGGUCCACUACCAGGAGAGCUUCUCCAGCCUGGCCCCGGCCCACCUCAGGCCCCCCAUGGGCCAGCUGGCCCUCUACCUGCUGGCCAUGAGGGGCGGCUGCAAGGACAUGGACACCAGGAAAGGAAGCCCGCUUGUCACGCAGCUGAAGGCUUACCUGGAGGAAGAGAAGCACCGGAUAGGGCAUGAGCACACCGGCCGCCCUGCCACCAGCUACUACCAGUACAGCCUGUCCAUCCUGGCGCUGUGCGUGCAUGACAAGAAGGUGCCCGGGCACAUCGUGGAGAAGCUGCUGCACGCUGCCCAGUACGACCUCCUCCUCCCGGGGAGCGGCUUCUCCGUGGACACAGCAGCCAUGGCCAGUCUGGCCCUGUCCUGCCUGCAGGCCUCGGGCCUCAAUCCAGGCCUGGCCUCUUGGAUCUCCAGGGUCUUGGAGCAUAUGAGGAACAAAAUUCUUGAAGAAGAAACCCCAGAAGGGUACUUCGGAAACAUUUACAGCACGCCCCUGGCCCUACAGGCCCUGAUGGAAGCCCCUUCGCCCGAGUCAGAGAGGGCCUGCUUGCGGGUCGGGGAUGUUCUCCUGAAGGGCCUCCAGGAAGGGGCCUUCCAGAACCCCCUCCCCUUAUCCCAGCUGCUGCCCGUCCUCCACCGAAGGACCUACCUGAGCCUCAGGCAGCUGGACUGCAAAGACUCCAGAGGUCUCCUGGGUGUAGAUCCCAUCAUCCCACCGACUCAGAAGCCAAAGGAAAUUCGGUUCUGGCUGAAAGUCCAAACAGAUCCUCAGCACGUGGUCUAUCAUCAUCGGUAUCAUAUUCUUGAGGGGACUACGUUAAAGCAUGUCCUGGAUCAGGCUCAAGUGGAGGACUCCUUCACGUACGAAACUCGGGACACUCUGUCUGGUCCCUUUAUAACCUCAGUGAUGGGUGUGACCCCCGGAGAAUGGCAGUACUGGCAGCUGCUGCGUGCCCCGGACAUACCCCUGCUGCAAGGUAUUACCAACUACCAGCCCCGGGACGGGGAGACCAUCCUCCUGAGCCUGGCCAGCUGGUAGGAAGGGCCGCUCCGUCAUCCAUGGCUCCAACAUCCCGAGACCUAGCCACUCCCUUUGCCAUCUGCCACCCUUGGUGCCGGAGAGCCUGGGGACGGGGGGACCUUUUCCAGAGCCCUUUAUGACCCAUAACCAGUUAAGGAGAGAUGGUGUCAAACCUCCGCUUUGACACUGGCCAUGGUAGGCCCUGCCCUCUACAAAGGAAUCCCCCCUUUCCAAGCCCCUCGGCCUAGCUGUCUCUCUAAUCCCUCCAGAUCCAGAGGUAUCACCUCCCCGGGACUUCCCGUAGAUACCUCAGAGUGCCUGUAAAGGCCAGGUGUCUGGGCCCAGCCCUCCCAACAACCACAUUCUGUGGCACCGGGGGGCUCGCCAGGUCCAGAAUCCGGUGGGUUCUUGCCCUUUGAGAGCCAGCCCAGCCCUCAGGGUUCUGAGGAGGAGAACGGCCCAAAGCAAGGAAGGGCCCUCAGGGUGGGGCUGGGGAGUGUCAGAAUCUGAAGCCAGAAUCUUUUGACUGGCAAUCUAGCUCUCUGCUUACUAUUCUGGGCUGCACAUCUUAUGGACCUACUUACAGAGGAGAAAACUGAGGCCCAAGAAGAACCAGUUUUUCUGCCAAGAUUCCCAGGCAAUGGGUUUCCCAGGGUUCCUUGGAAAUGUCUGAGCCAAAACAUUCAAGUCUCCUCUCUGGCAAGGGCCGGGUCUACAGGGACUGUGGAACAGUGGGGGAGGGUGGGAAAGAGGCACUGAUUUGGGAACCAGAAGACCUGGAUUCAAAUGCUGACUAUUGACCGAGGAGAAAUGUGGACAAAUCACGUCAUCUCUGAGCUGCUUUUGUGAAGUGGAGGCCGACACCUCUGAGGGUCCUUUUAUCUCUAAGAACCAUUGAUCUCCAAGUUGGGAGGCCCCCCGCCGACCUCGCCCCCCUCACCGGCCCAUCUCCUCCUCUGACUCCUGCCCUCGUUCCCUGCACCUCCUCAGGUUUGACUUUUUCCUUCUGAGCACCAGCCUCUCACUACAAUGGCUUUUGGUCUCUGGUUCGAUUCAAAAUGAUUAAAUCACUGAUGUUGAA